GGGCAGAUGUACCCCAUAGGGGGGCCGGCGGUCGCUGCAAGUACUCAACUGGUAAGGCCAGCCAACCUCCUCAACAGCCGUUACUCACUUCAGCCUUCUGACUUGCCUGUUGAUAGCACUGAGGGAAGAAGUCGUCGCCGUCGCCAGGGGCAGCAGAGCGGACGUCGUGCGCCCGCGGCUGCCGCUGCUGCUACUGCUCUUCCUGCGUCCACUAUCGCAGCACAGGCUUCGACUUUAUCCUACAAGUCGACUUCCUUUUCUUCCUUCGGUGGAUCCGUCCACUCAGGCAACGCAGACCAAUCGGAGGCCUUCUCUGGGGCAAAUGCCCAUGAUCAGACACUUCAGGCCAAUUCCAAAGGAACAGAAGGCAUGACUAGUCCAGACGAAAACGAUGAUUCCUCUGGAGUCUCCCCCGGCGACCCCGACACCCCGUCCCCGAAGAGUCUGGACUGUAUGCCCGUUGCUGUACCGGACCAGCGUAUUACCGAACAAGUGGCCUAA